UCGAAAUUUUGCUCGGCGUCGUAUUCACCAAAAUUAGUCCAAAUUUAGUCACUUAAUUCUGUCCAUAUUAGUUUUGUCCCAUUUUUAUUAUUGUUAAAUAAAUCUUUAUAUUGUCAGUAAAAUGCCUACCGAAGAAGAUGUGUUGAAGAUUCGCUCUAAAUUAGAGAAAAUGAUCUCGACGAAUACAACGGAUCAUUCAUCUGCAGGGGAUUUACUAAAGUCUCUGCAAGAUUUGCCAAUGAAUCUCGAUGUUUUGCAGAAAACAAGAAUUGGCAUCACAGUUAACAGCUUUAGAAGGACAUGCAAAGAUGAAGAAGUAAUAUCACUAUCAAAAAACCUUAUCAAGAAUUGGAAAAAACUUCUUCCAGAUUCUGCAAAAUCAGAGAAAAAGGAAAAGGGAUCAAGUAAAAAUGGUGAUUCUAUGGACACAGCUGAUGAUGCCGAGAAGUCAACAUCAGAGGAAAAUAGUCGGCGGUCUUCAACCUCGGCAACAGACACCAACGACCCUGUGAGAUUAAAAUGCCGUGAGCUGCUCACAAAGGCACUCAAAACAGAUGACGAGAAGCCAGGCCAGCUAGACCCUGAAGAACUGAGUGCAGCAAUUGAAGAUAAUAUAUUUAAUGAGUUUAAGAAUACUGACACAAAGUACAAGAACCGUGUUCGAAGUCGUGUGGCAAAUCUGAAAGAUGUUAAAAACCCGGAACUGAGAGCAAAUGUGCUGUGUGGGCUCAUCCCAGCAGACAGGAUGGCAAAAAUGACUGCAGAGGAGAUGGCAAGUGCACAUAUGAAUGACUUGCGGGCGAAAUAUACAAAGGAGGCAAUUGAUGACCACCAGAUGGCGAAAACAGGCGGCACUGUCACAGAUCUGUUCAAGUGUGGCAAGUGUGGUGGUAAAAGAUGUACAUACAACCAGGUUCAAACAAGAAGCGCUGAUGAACCUAUGACCACCUUCGUGUUUUGUAAUGAUUGUGGAAACAGAUGGAAGUUCUGCUGAGGUGGUGGUCCACACUUUGGAGAAAAUAGCCUGUAAAUUUUCAGAGUCAUCCGGAGAACUGCUGGAUUAAGCCUGAACUUUGAUAUAUUAUCAAACAAGACUUCAGCUUACUUUCAAACGGUCAAACAUGGACUUCCAGAAACAAGAAUGAUUGCAUAUUAAUAUAACAACGUUCAUUAUAAACGUAAUUUAUGUGAUGACUUGAAGUGUAACUGUGUCUAGUGGCUGUAUAUAGCUAGACUUUGAUAGAUAACUGCAGUGUCUGUGCAAAUGUAGCUGUAGCUGUGCUUACUGGCUCUAAGAUUAGAAUGAACAGUGUUUUCGGGUUAUGAAAUGUUUAUACAGUGGUUUUCACUGCAAACUAUUAUGUAAGAAAUAUGUUCAUAUAUACUUGUUUAGAUUGAUCCUAGAUUGUGUGAGGCAUUUUAUCAUAUCAUUGUCAUAGUUCAGUUAAUGAGCAUUCUAACCUUCAACAAUAUUAGAAUUUGCAUGUUGUGCUAAUUUCCACUUCUAAAAAAAAAAAAGCUAAAUUCUGAAGAGCACAUGGUGAAUGGAUGCUGUUAAAUAUGUUGCCUGAUAAGAUGUUUCAUAAAAAAAGAUAAGUAAUGAUAUUUUUGUGUGCACAUAAGAUAAUUUGCUAUUCAUUUAAACUAAAUAUUUUGCCAAUUUAACAGACAUUGUUUUGUAGGCUGUUUUGACAAUAGCUUUUUAUUAUGCCCCCCUUUGAAGAAGAGGGGUAUAUUGCUUUGCACAUGUCUGUCAGUCGGUAGGUCGGUCGGUCCAUCGGUAGACCAAAGCUUGUCCGAGUGAUAACUCAACAAUUCCUGGAUGUAUGGUCAUCAAACUUGACAUGAAGGUUGGGCCUGACCAGUAUAUGACCCCUAUUGAUUUUAGGAGUCAUUGGGUUAAAGGUCAAGGUCACAGUGACUUUGAAUGUGAAAAUGUUGUUUGAGUGAUUACUUGACAUGCCUGCACCCAUGGCCCUCAAACUUGACUUGUAGGUUGAGCCUGACAUGUAGAUUACCCCUGUUGAUUUUAGGGGUCAGCAGGUCAAAGGUCAAGGUCCCAGUGACCUUGAAUGCAUAAAGCUUGUCUAUCUGAUUUCUUGACAAUGCCUGUACCCAUUGCCCUCAAACUUGACAUUUAGGUUUUGGGUGACCAGCUGAUGACUCCUAUGGAUUUUGAGGUCAUAGAGUCAAAGUUCAUGAUGAUAACUAGGGAUGCAAACGAAUGGCAAAACUGAUAUUCGAAUAUACGGUAAUUCUUUUGAUCGAAUAUUCGAUUACCGAAAUACAUAUUUUAGAAGAUGUAGUAAACUAUUAUUAUUUAUCGCAAAAGCAAUACCCUUUUGCAAUACCCGGAGCAUUUUUACAAUACUUUGUCGUAGCCAGUACGUGCAGCGGACCCUGAUUUUCCCCAAAUAAGCCUUUGAAACUCUCCAUUUUCAGGAUGAAUAAAAAAUACAUUAUAAACAACAAAUUCGAAUAAUUUCAAGCCCGCAGCAUUUGUAAACAAUGUGAAAUUAGAUGGAUUCCUAGUCAAAUAGUGUUUUGAGCCAGUAGAAGGUCUUUCCCUAGGACGAGCAGCCUCGUUCUGAAUUUGACCUCUAAAUUGACUAAAUAUAACUAUGGAAAACCCAAUCAACUCCGGAACUAGUAAAGUAAUAAAACAAAAACAUAAAUGGAUUUGACUCAUCUAAUGUACAACAAUAGAGGAAAUAAAUCCUAAACGCUAUACUAUACAUUUACAUUUCAAAGCACGAACAUUGUAUUGAAACAUGGAAAACAGUUUAAAACACAUAUACAUGUAUGUAACAGCAAUAUUGUAGCACAUAGUGUUUUCGUCAUCACGGCGAUUUGAGCUAUGUAUUGCACAGCUUAAUUUACAGCCAAGACAACACAUUGGUGUUAAAGCAGAUUCCUAGCCAGUUUUUGUAAAAGUAGGGGACGUUUUUAAGUGCCCGACGAUAUGUCACUAAUUGACAUAAAUUAUGACGCGUGUUUAGUGUAUUGUCAUCACAUUCACACCUAUGGCAUUAGGGGCCAAUCGUUGUAAAAACAAGACAAACAAACUUUAUAAACAACAACGGUGUUGUAGGCAAAAGGUUUUUAUUCUCUUUAUUGAACUUUUUUCGAAUAUUCGAAUACCGAUUUUGACAUUCCAAUACCAAACGUUUGAUCGAAUAUUCGAUUGCAUCCCUAGUCGUAACUCAUAUUCAUCAUUAAAAUUGUCAUAUUGACUAAUUCCCGGCUGCGGAGAAAAUACAUUUUUAUAUGUAAAUAUCAGUCAUCAUCUGAACAUUAUUAAAAGCUGUACCUACAUGUACUAUCCUCAAACUUUGAUUGGUCAUAUUGUUUUAGCUGCCUCAAAGGCAUCCAUUGUCAAUGACAAAUCAGCUGUCAUUUCGGUCGAUGCAUAUUUGAUUCCAUUGUCCAAAUAAUCCUGAUAACAUGGUGCACAGGGGGGAGGCGGGGCAUAAUGUUUGACAAACAUCUCUUGUUAGAUGUCUAAUUUUGGAGAUUGAAAAUGCCAUUUAAAAGUUAUGUUUACAUUUUAUUGCCUGCAUUUGUACAUAUGCAUGACCAUCAUUUUUUGGUUUACCAUCUCAUACAUUGUGUAUAGUGUCCAUAAAUGUCCAUAUAAAUAAAGAUUGAAAAACU